AACUCUCUCUUUCUUCCUUCCCAUCGCCCCAGCAAGAACAAGUUCAACCAGUACAUAUAUACAUCAAUACAUAUAGAUAUAUAUAUUAUAGAUAGAUACACAGAAGAUAAUAUAUAUAUAUAGAUAGAAUAGAUAAUAAACUAGGAAUGGAAAAAGAUAAAGAAAAGCUGCAGGCGACAGCUGAAGAUUGGAGAAAGGCAUUACAGAAAGUAGUUCCGGCGGUGGUUGUGCUCCGAACCACCGCCACUCGAGCUUUCGAUACUGAACCCGCUGGUUCCAGCUACGCUACUGGCUUUGUUGUUGAUAAGACACGUGGAAUUAUACUUACCAAUCGUCAUGUCGUUAAACCAGGUCCGGUGGUAGCCGAAGCUAUGUUUGUGAAUCGUGAAGAGAUUCCUGUCUAUCCAAUCUAUAGGGACCCUAUUCACGAUUUUGGAUUUUUUUGUUAUGAUCCUGCUGCGAUUCAAUUCCUGAGCUAUGAAGAGAUCCCUCUUGCUCCAGACGCUGCUUGUGUUGGAUUGGAAAUCAGAGUUGUCGGUAAUGAUAGUGGAGAGAAGAUCUCUAUUUUGGCUGGUACCAUUGCUCGUUUGGAUAGGGAUGCUCCGUACUAUAAAAAGGAUGGCUACAACGAUUUCAAUACAUUCUACAUGCAGGCAGCUUCAGGUACUAAAGGUGGUUCAAGUGGUUCCCCAGUUGUUGAUUGGCAGGGAAGAGCAGUUGCUUUAAAUGCUGGCAGUAAGUCUUCAAGCGCUUCAGCCUUUUUCUUACCUUUAGAACGCGUGGUGAGGGCUCUGAAUUUCUUACAGAAGGGAAGAGAUUCUUUCCAAGAUAAAUGGGAGGCAGUUACAAUACCACGUGGUACGCUCCAGACCACUUUUCUUCACAAAGGAUUUGAUGAGACUCGGCGGUUUGGUUUGCAAACUGAAACUGAACAGUUGGUGCGCCAUGCAUCUCCUCUAAGCGAAACUGGAAUGCUCGUUGUUGAUUCUGUUGUGCCAGGUGGCCCAGCUCAUAAAAAAUUAGAGCCAGGUGACGUGCUUGUUCGCAUGAACAAAGAGGUGAUUACUCAGUUUCUGAAGAUGGAGAUUCAGCUUGAUGAUAGUGUUGGCAAAAAUGUUGAAUUAGAACUUGAAAGGGGUGGCAGUCCUUUGACUGUUCAAUUGACGGUGCAAGAUUUACACUCAAUAACUCCAAAUUACUUCUUGGAAGUCAGUGGUGCUGUGAUAAACCCUCUUUCCUAUCAACAGGCCAGAAAUUUUCGCUUUCAGUGUGGUCUCGUGUAUGUCUCAGAAACAGGUUAUAUGCUUUUUAGGGCUGGAGUUCCACGUCACGCCAUUAUAAAGAAGUUUGCAGGUGAAGAGAUUUCAAACCUUGAAGACUUUAUUAGGGUUUUGUCUAGACUUUCUAGAGGAGCCAGGGUUCCAUUGGAAUAUAUAAGCUACUUGGAUCGUCAUAGGAGGAAGUCGGUUCUAGUUACUGUUGAUGGGCAUGAGUGGUAUGCCUCCCCUCAGAUUUACACUCGUGAUGACAAUUCUGGUUUUUGGAUAGCAAAGCAAGCUCUGCAAUAUGCCAAUAAACAGUUAGUCAAUGGUAUAACCAGUACGGACACAAGUAGUAGAAUUGAGCCGCAUGCUCAAGAUGAACCCAGCAUUAUAGUAAAAAAACGAAGAGUUGAUGAAGGUCUAUCUGGUGAGGCAAGUAUGCUUGCUGAUUAUACUGUAAAUGAAUCAAAGGUUGAGAUACAAGAAGACCCAAGAUCUCAGGAAGAUACAGUUGUGACAGACCCUCAUGGUUGUGUUGCUGAGCGUGUGAUCGAGCCAACUCUUGUCAUGUUUGAGGUUUAUGUACCAUCAUCUUGUAUGCUUGAUGGUGUCCACGCGCAACACUUUUUUGGAACUGGGGUGAUCAUACAUCAUUCUGAGAACUUGGGGUUGGUUGUGGUCGACAAGAACACCGUUGCUAUAUCAGCAUCUGACAUUAUGCUUUCAUUUGCUGCCUUCCCAAUGGAAAUUCCUGGCGAGGUUGUGUUUCUUCAUCCUGUUCACAACUAUGCUAUUGUAUCAUAUGAUCCUUCUGCACUAGGAGUUGCAGGGGUUUCUCUAGUGCGAGCUGCUGAACUUCUUCCUGAACCUCCAUUACGCCGUGGUGAAUCCGUCUAUCUAGUGGGGUUAAGUAGGAAUUUACAGGCAACAUCUAGAAAAUCGGUUGUUACCAACCCAUGUGCCGCUUUAAAUAUUAGCUCAGCUGAUUCUCCACGGUACAGGGCAACAAACAUGGAAGUAAUUGAGCUCGACACUGAUUUUGGCAGCAGUUUUUCAGGAGCGCUUACUGAUGAACAAGGGAGGGUUAAAGCUAUAUGGGGAAGUUUUUCAACUCAGCUGAAAUAUAGCGGGUCAUCCGAAGAUCAUCAGUUUGUCAGGGGUAUCCCUAUAUAUGCAAUAAGCCAAAUACUCACAAAGAUAGUAUCUGGUGCAAAAGGACCACCCCUUCUCAUUAAUGGCAUUAAAAGAUCAAUGCCUCUUGUUAGGAUUUUGGAGGUUGAGCUAUAUCCCACUUUGCUUGCAAAGGCUAGAAGUUUUGGGCUGAGUGACCACUGGAUCCAAGCUCUAGUGAAAAAAGACCCUGUCAGACGUCAAGUUUUACGGGUCAAAGGUUGUUUUGCAGGAUCGAAAGCUGAAAAUCUAUUAACACAAGGCGAUAUGGUGCUGGCAAUCAAUAAAAAACCGAUUACGUGUUUUUAUGAUAUUGAAGAUGCAUGCCAGGCAUUAGAUCUUUGUGAUGACCCAGAAGGAAAACUUGGGCUGACCAUCUUUCGUGAGGGGCAUGAAAUCGAGCUUCUUGUUGGAACGGAUGUGAGAGACGGAUUUGGAACCACUCGUGUGAUCAAUUGGUGUGGAUGUUUUUUACAGGAUCCUCAUCCAGCAGUGCGUGCUCUCGGGUUUUUGCCUGAUGAAGGCCAUGGUGUGUACGUGACAAGGUGGUCUCAUGGAAGUCCUGUGCAUAGAUAUGGCCUAUAUGCUCUUCAAUGGAUUGUCGAAGUUAAUGGGAAACCAACUCCUGAUUUGGAAGCCUUUGUAAACGUAACAAAGGAGAUAGAAAAUGGAGAAUUUGUUCGUAUUAAGACAGUGUAUCUCAAUGGAAAGCCACGGGUGCUAACAUUGAAACAAGACCUGCACUACUGGCCUACAUGGGAACUGAGGUUUGAUCCGGAAACUGCAACAUGGCAGCGCAAAACAAUUAAAGCACUAUGAACUCGAGAUGCCCUUUAGUAUAUAUAUAAUAUAUGCCGACUUGACCAAGAUUAUUGGGGCAAGGAUAUAUUGGGUAUAUAGCGUAGGGUCAUGUUAAAUUAUGAGCUGAUAUAUAAUUCAUACAAACCUUUAAGGCUUUAAUUGCUCCUAAAGUUAGCUAGCAGUAGUUGUAGGUAGAUUCAAAACAUGCAAAAGGUAUUGAAGUUUGGACAGUUUAUAUUGCAGCCUUCACCAGGAUAUUUUUUACACUCCCAGUGUUCUAUUUCUGUAGCCUAUUAUAUCUGGAUAUCAGAACAUAUAUUAUUAACUAGAUUUUAUCAAAUGUCGGCGAAAUUUUUGGACU